AUGAAAGAAACCAUAAAAAUCCUCGAUCGGUCUAGCGUGGCCCGCGGCCGGGGCGCUGCAAUUUUCCAGCGUAAGCUCUCAUCCCAAAACGUAGAUCAUGGUCUUGAAUUCUAUUUUAUGAGCUUCAAUGUCGCCCUUGCUGAGAAAUCCGGACAAGUGAGUACGACCUAUGUAAGCUACAAUCCGAGAGAAGUCCUGACGCCAGCUGGAAUCAUGAGGAAAUCGCGAAAGAAGACGCUUUACACGAUCGUAGCCUGCUUUGUUUUAGGUGUCAUUUUAUGGAGUCGUUAUUCUAGCGAAUUUUUCGAAGGAAGCAUUUCCCGUGAAAAAUCAAAUCAUCGAGUAGCAAAGCUGACCGCUUCGGUGAAUGCAACAGAAAAACCGAAACUAUCUCAAAAGUCAAAAUUCGCAAAAUUCUUCGAUCAGAAAGAAGUUUCCAAAGAGGGUAUUUUCCCGCUUCCUGAGAGGAGAAAACUCAUUCCAGAAAGGCCGCCCAAUUCAGACAUCCCACUUCGUUUUUACAAAUCGAAGCCAGGCUCCAACCCUCAUGAUUACGAUUAUAUUCUGAACCCAUUCGACGCUUGCGCAUCAGAGGAAGAAGUUUUCCUUCUAGUCAUGGUUGCAUCUGCCAGCUGGGAAUUCGACAGACGAAAGCUGAUCAGGGAUACUUGGGCUUCUCAAAAAGCACAAGGCCAAGCGAUCAAGUACAUCUUCUUCGUCGGAAACGACAACAAACCGAAGAAUCGGUUCAAAUUGGAGGAAGAAUUCAAAGAAUACAACGAUUUAGUGUUGGAAGAUUUCGACGAAACUUACAGAAAUCUGACAUUGAAAACGAUCGGCCAGUUGAAAUGGGGAACAUUGUUCUGUCCAAACGCUCGUUUCGCGCUGCACAUCGAUGAUGACGUCUUCGGGCAAGUGAACGACAUCGUCAGCUAUUUGUCAGGAAUCAAGGCCUCCCGCUUCCUCGGCUGUUCGAAAGUGUUCCAUCCGAUCGUGCGGCGGGAGGGGAAGUGGGACAUGUCUCGCGAGGACUACCCCGGCGACCAGUAUCCACUCGGCUGUGUUGGUUGGUGUUUCGCGAUGUCGCGCGAUGUCAUGAACGAGCUCUACUACAUGGCGCUGGAUACGCCACUUAUUCACCUCGAAGACGUCUCCACAACCGGCAUUCUUCGCGAAAAGAUCGGCAUUACUGGAGUCACAAAAAUGCCGGGCGACGAGAAAUGGUGUCAACAUCUCGGCUGGCCAAAGGACAAGCCCGUCGAACAGAAGCUCCUGGAAAGCUGGGAGAGCUACAGUAGCAAGUCACAAUUAUAA